CUUUUCAUAAACAGGAUUCAUAUUUCUUCAGUUGUCGCACAUAUAUUAUUAAUCUUAAAAAUAAAAUGCUGAAAGGAUUAUUGUUUCUGUCUUUAAUAUACCAAUGUCAGGGCUACAUGAAUCCUAGGUUACGGAAUUGGUUAGAGGACAGCCGACAGAGCCGGUUCCUGCCCGCAGCCGCCGGCGCCGGCGUCGGCAGCGGCAGCGGCGCGCCGCGCUGCGGCCCCGGGCCGGCCUCGCAGCCGCGCCGGCAGGCGCAGGACGGCCGCCAGCCGCCAAACAAUCCCAAUUACGACAACACCUAUUUCUGCCCCAUGCCGGAGAUGUCGCAGACAAAGGCCACGCUGGUGCAGGACGACGGGAGAGCUUACCCGUGGGUCGCGCGGGUCAUACACACGCGUUGGGACGGUGGAUUGCAGCCCAUGAUCUGCACGGCGGCCAUGAUCAGAUACAGAACAUUUAUAACUGCUGCAAGAUGUAUUGCCACAGCCAAACCUUACUACACGAAACUACUUAUGAGGUCGGUUAUCCAACUACAGGCAUUAACGUUUGUGACGCCAUCUGUACCGACGAAACAAUUGUUCGACGACAUUGGCAUCAUCGUAACUUUUGGCGCAACAGGGGACGUUAAUGGCACCCUGCAACAGGCGCCGAAUGGCGGCUACCUGGUGAUGGCGCAGGACCUGCGCACCGCCGAGCGCUACUGGUUCCAGGACUGGGUCGCGGGCGCCACCUACAAGGUGAUAGGAUUCAUUGCGCCGGAAGACUCACCGUCGACCCAGAACCUGUACGAGCUUGACAAAAUGUAUGGGAACAACUUUCUCUGUAACCAAAUACUCCCGAUGGUGGACAACUCGAAGGAUUACUGGGCCGCGUGCGUCCACUCCUGCGACGCAGAACAACACACCCGUAACGACACGACAUGCCACCGAUACUUGUUCGGGCUGGGGCACGUGGUGCUCGACAGCAAUGACCAGUUAGUCGGCAUCGUCACAUGGACGUGCGGGAACAAGGGUCGGGACAGGGAAGGGAGAGGAGGUCUGCCGCUGCCUGUGGGGGUGGCGGUGCCUGACGCUCGCCUAAACCUAAAUCUGGAUUGUGCAGACUUGUUGCGCAUAGGUACAAGGGAUGUCUCUCUGCAGCAGGAAAUAAUUCCGGGGUUACUUGAAAUGUGCAAUGAAUAGAUUGCCGACAUCAAAUUUGAUCAAAUUGUUUUGAAAUCAUCUUUCUAAUUUGGCACAAUACGGGGUGGCUAAAAAAUAACUGCAUUCCCGUUGCCAGGGAGGUUUCAGGGUUAUACUGUGAGCAACUGUUACUACCUAUGUGAACAAAUCCGAAAUCGCGAAAAAAAAUUUUGGCUGUUUCAUACAUUUUGGCUGGUCCAUUUUCUAUGAGGGUAAUUUUUUUUUCGCGGUUUCGGGUUUGGUCCCAUUGUAAAAGUUGCUCAGUAUAAUCCGAGAACCUCCCUGGCAACGGGAAUGCAUUUAUUUUUUAGCCAGCGUGUAUAAGAUAUACAAAAUACUAGCUAUUAAGUUACAUAAGCUCGACUAACUUAAGCAAAUGCAUGUCGAGUGCGUGGGGACACGUGAUUUGCGCCCAAAUUGUAUUCUGCAACGGACAAAUGCGGCAUGACACGACCAAUGCAGUAAUUGCUUUCAUAGCUUUUUAGCGCAAAUUAUAAUUAUUCUUCCAUUAUACUACCUUGUUCAGUCAAGCAGACAAGGACAAUCCACGAAUUCUAUACGAGGCUGAAGUCAAGCUGACAAUCGUAUGUCAACAAACGCCAAUCGAAACGUAAAAAUGUAUUGGGAAAUCGGGAUGACAUACUAUGACAUACUAGUACGAGUAGGUAGAUACAACGAAAAGUGACAUGAAUAUUUCCAUACAUUAGUUCGUUUUCGAUGGGCGUCUUCUAUUGAACGAAAACGAUUGUCGCUUGUCUAGUCCCCCGGUGCCGCAGGCUCUGCCCGCUGUCGCACUUCAUACUUCGUCGCAGUUCCUCUCAAUAUGAUAGCGAUAUAGGUAGAAACCUUAUACAGUGGCACCUCGUCGUCCCUUCCGGUUAAACCUUCUGUACUACGUCACUGUGAAAACGUAUGAAGUGCAGAAAUCAAAUUCCUUAACCGUAUAUGUUAGACUGUCAGUUUGCUUAAAUGUAGUGAAUUACUAUAAAAUAGUUAGUCAAAGUGCAUUGGUCGUUCCACUUAAGGGCAGCAUUUGACCUACAAAGAAUUCGUGACAAUCGCCGUCUUAGUCGGGAUUGGAGUUAGCGGCUUGCAGCGGCGAACGGACUUACCUAAUAGAAAACCU